AAGCGUGAUGAUCCUGUGCUCCAGAAUGUAAAACACACCCGUGAAGGGAUACAGAGAGGCUACAGUGUAGCAAAGUGUGUUUUAUUAUCACUAACCCAAUCCAAUUCCUUGCAGACUUUCUUUAAAUCACCGGCAGCGCGGCCGCAUUGGACGCUCUACUUUUUGUUGUUGUUUUUGUUAUUGUUAUUGACUGAAUCAGGGCGGGCGAUUCAGCCAUCAGCUCCGUGUGUGUCUGUGUUUUUUGUUUUGUUGCUGUAUUAAAGCUGUAAUAAGCGAAGAGAUGGCGUGUGUGAGCGGUCUGCUGGCCACCGUGGUGUUGCUGAUCCUCUGUCGGAUGGAGGAAAUAGCAGAAGCGUGCAGCUGCUCCCCUGUGCAUCCUCAACUGGCGUUCUGUAAUUCCGACAUCGUAAUCAGAGCAAAGGUGGUAGGAGGAAAAGAGGUCAGUGCUGGGAACGAUAUUUAUGGCAACCCUAUCAAGAGGAUCCAGUAUGACAUCAAGCAGAUUAAGAUGUUCAAAGGACCAGACCAACCCAUUGAAGUGAUCUUUACUGCACCUUCCUCAGCUGUGUGUGGGGUAACCAUGGACACCAAUGGAAAGAAAGAGUACCUCAUCUCAGGAAAGGCAGAUGGCAAUGGGAAGAUGCAUGUGACUUUGUGUGAUCUCAUCAUGCCCUGGGAGUCCACAAGUGCCACCCAGAAGAAGAGUCUGAGCCAGCGUUACCAGAUGGGCUGUGACUGCAAGAUCACCCGUUGUGCAGCCUUCCCCUGUGAGAUCAGCAGCCCUGAGGAGUGCUUGUGGACGGACUGGGUGACGGAGAAGCUCAUUCAUGGACGCCAGUCUGAACACUACUCCUGCAUCAAGAGAGGAGAUGGUUCGUGUGCUUGGUACCGUGGAAGUGCUCCACCAAAGAAGGAGUUCCUGGACAACGAGGACCCAUAAUAAAUGCAUGUACAUUUCUAUACAAUGCAGUCUUUAAAAUAACCUGUAUUAAAGAUGUUACAUAAGUCAGAACAAACAAAAACUGCACCAAACAAAGUUUAGAUUAGAUUUACAGUUUAAUUAGAUAUCAGAAUGUAGGUCAGUGCAACUGCUCAAAAAGCUUGUACUCUGUGUCAUCACCAUUACAUGAUGGAUAACGCUAAUAUAUGAAUACUUUCUGCCCCAAAAGCGCUUAAGGGUUGUUUUGCUUUAAAUGACCGAAAUGGCCUUUCAGUCUGCAAACUUGUGCAGACUCACAGCUCAUUUCACACUUUUAAUUUCUUGGGGGGGUUUCCCUCCACAAAUACAGAGUUUUCAAGCGUUACUCUUGCAAAUGUAGUUUCCCAAAACUAUGCUAAUUGGUCGAGUCAAAUACUUGGUGAGGCAGGACUUCCCAGAGAGUUAAAACAUUUGACUGAGAUCAAAUGAAAAGCAUUGAAAUGGGCAUGCAUGGGUUGUUAGAAAAUUUGAGACUAAAGUCAUUCUGCAUUGAUUUGUGAGGGACAAAGAAGCUUAUAGUUUGCUGCUGACUAAAUUUAAGAAUGUUUGUGCAAGGGGACAAGUUGUUUCUCAGAAAUCCUACCUGUAUUGUGUUUGCUUUUAACCACAAAAUCCAAGCAUCCCUGUUAGGGAAAAUAAAGGACUGAUAAUGCAAUACCAUAUAAUCAGUUGACACUACUUGUCACAAUAUUAUUAGUUUCUUUCUGAUUUGAUAUAUGGUAUUGUGUAACAGUAAGAAGUCAGCUUACAUGGUGUUUUCAUUUCUGUUAUUUACUUGUUGGAUAUUAACUGAUUCUGUCUAUACCUCUAUCUCCCUUUAACAUUCUUUCCUUUGCAAUAUUUUGUCUGUGCUAUUUUUAUAAUGUUAGAUAUCUGCCUUUUUACAAAUAAUUUCUCUGAAAUCACUCUUGAUCCUUAUUGAACUUUUUAUUGCACUUCGUAGGAACCGCUACAGAACUGAAGCCUCUUUUCAGGUUUUGUAAGUCUUCUCGCUGUCUAUAGAAUGCCAUUUAAUGCCUUUUUUAUGCUUAUUUGCAAAUGACUUUGUGGUGUUCAUGUGGGACAUAAGAUACUGAGGUUUCAUUAACAAAUGCUUGAUAAGAAUUUUCUAGCCUUGGACUAUCAUGUGCCAUCAGGGUCUCUGCAUACUGUAUGUUAGUUGAUGUGCCACUAGAACAUUUAAUGAAGUACAGCUACGCAAGACUAGUUGCCAUGGUAAUGGGUACACCCCAGUUUUGCCCUUCAGUUAUCAGACUGAUUUGAUUAACAUUUGAAUAACAGGCACUUCUUCUGCAUUGGGGAGAAGGAUGGUUUCUUCUGUGUUAGCAAUAAACACAGUUUAUUGGUUGUCUUGAGAGGAAGGCACCGUGAAUUAUGUUUUUUGUAACCAUUCCCUGAUUGGGCACUGUUAAGUCAUGUGACAGACAGAGCAAGGUGUGAGGGUAGUAGUUGCUAGGCGUUUUGACAGGGUGAAGAACCAGAGCACAAUGAGAGACUGAGACAGAAGGAGGGAGGGAGAGCAGGCCAUUGUGGAAUAGAAAAGAACAAUCAUUUUCUUUUCUUUUUUUUUCAGUGGGUUGGGAUGAUUGACGCUUUAAUGCUAUUGCUAUUUUGUGUAUUUGUUUAAAGGUAUUAAAGCUGUACAAGAUUAACAUAAUGAUGGUCUGCCAAACACAAGCAAGCUUUUAGAGGGCUGUUGCUCAAAUUGAUGUCUAUUCUAGUUUGGCAAGCUACAUUUUUUUUUCUUUUCUUUAAUAAGGCUGACAAUGUUGAAACAUAAUUUGCUAAACAACUUACAGUGCUGUUACAGAAGCUGUGCUUUAAAUUAAAAAGCUUUAUCACCUAAUGGUUUUUCUUUUGACCUUUUUAUAUAUCUUGCCAUGAACAUGCUUGACCAUCUAUAAAUACUUACAGGAAUCUAAUGUAAGGUUAGUGUUGGUAGUGUUUAAUAUGCAUCAUGCUAUAUCUACAUUACAGCUUUGUAUUAAAUGUAAUGAAAUAUAAACAGCAUAAUUUAAAUGUUUGUUGUUGCCAUGUUUCUACAUUUUACUGUCACUAGCUUUAUUUUGAUUUUUUUUACCAGCCUUUGUCUUUUUCUUUAAAGAUUUGCUGAAAGUACAGUAACGCAGGACCUCUUAUGUGUUAACCACAUGAGAGAGCAGUUGUAUGAUGAGAACCAGACUAUGCAUGUCUUUGAUGCUUUGUGUAAUUUCCUAUGUGGAUGUUCACUUGUUGGGCAAAUUUACAGUAUUAUCAGAAAUAAAACUGUUGAUCAUUA